AUGGCUUCAUCGCCAUGCGACCAGAAAAAGGCUGAGAUUAUUCGACUAGUUCAGAAAGAGUGCACUGCAGAAACCGACACCGCUAAGGCCAUCUACGAUCUCGAAUGCCUCGAGAUUAAGGAGAACUACAAGUCCAAGAUACAGCAGGCAUGUCGCGACCUCAACGAACAGGAGUCCAAGGAGUUGGCAGAGAAGAAGAGACUCUAUGAUGCGAAGAUGGUGCCUAUCAAGAAACGGCAUACACAAAAGCUUGCUGAAGCGCAACAGAAGUAUCGCUCCGUCAGCCUUGAAGCCAAUCCACUCCCAUCUGCUCUUGCUGGGGCUCCCAGAUCACCUGAUCUGGCAGCGAUGGACGGUGAGGAUGAUCAAAGGGAUUCUACCCUCGUCAACAAUUUUCUUAAUGAGGCCGACGAUUCUAGCGAUCAGUCAUCCAUUCCGGCAGUUAUGCCCAAGAUCACGAAGGAGGCCACAACCAAGGCGAGGUUCGCCCUUCACAGUACCAAGCGCAAGAGGCGCGCAAGUCUGGAGUCUGGAAGUGGCGAUCGUCAGACUGAUGAUGGGCCCCAGAGCGUGAACGAAGUCGAAGAAGACAAUUUUAGUGAUUUCACUUUCCAAGACUCACCAAUACGAUCUUCCCAGAGGGCCCUCAAGAAGUUCAAGCGAACUCGGGCUCAGAAGGCCGCCCAGAGGCCUGCGUCUUCUGCCCCACCGGAGAGGAUGAAGAAUGGCCUCGAUCAGGACGGAGAUGAGAGCAUGCACAGUGGUCCAGACUCGGCAGCUUCGCAAAGUCCACGCCCACGCCGAGGGACCCGACACGGUCGGCCAGAGCCCGGCAAGUACAAGAUGGGCGCAAGAGCUUUCCCCAACUUGAACGGUUCUUGAGCCACAGAUUGCAAGGAAAUCUGACUACAAAAUGAAGAGGUGUUUCGUGGGAUAUUUCUCUCACUAUGAUUUGCCGUCGGACUUCCUACUGUCCUUCGG